AAUCCAGGGCACCGUGCUCGCCCUUUCGCAACCCCCGCCUCCACAUCUCUCCCUGAAGAACCAGGCGCCGCUCCGGGACGAAGCAGCCCCCUCCGUCGCUCCCCAUCCCCCAAUCGGCUGCCGCUAGAGAGCAUGGACACUCAGGUCAAGCUUGCGGUCGUGGUCAAGGUGAUGGGCCGCACCGGCUCCAGGGGUCAGGUGACCCAGGUCAGAGUGAAGUUCUUGGAUGACCAGAACCGUCUCAUCAUGAGGAACGUCAAGGGCCCUGUCCGUGAGGGCGACAUCCUCACCCUGCUCGAGUCUGAGCGGGAGGCAAGGAGGCUCCGCUGAGUGGUUGUUUUUCCUGUCUUCGGAAGUAAAAUGCUGUUGCCUUCUUACUGUAGUACUGCUUUUGAAUCAAGUUCUUGAACAUUGGUUUGGACCUUCGCGUAGGCUAUGGAGCUGUAAUGAGGUUGUUUUUUCCUGUCUUUGGAAGUAAAAUGCUGUUGCCUUA